CGGCCGCACACGUCGCCCGCACACCGUUCCGUCGCGGUAACCGACCGCGCGACGCAACCAGUACCGACAGACGCUGAUCAGCGUAUCUGUUCACGGAUGUUUUUUUUCCUCCGCCCGUUACCCGAGUCCGUCUCGCAGUGUAGUACGCGCCCCGCGCAAGUGCGUCGUCCCAGUGCGUCUACCGUUCGUUUACCGCCACCGCAUUCUUUCGGCGGUUUUUUUUUUCCAACUCUCCGCCGAAUAUGCAUUUCAAUAAGUUCUAUCGGUAUUCCAUCGUCGUUCGGCCCGGACGGUAAUUAUUAUGACUUGACGAAGUGUGCGCGAGUGCCUUUUUUUUUUUUCUUCCGCCCGUCACCUCUACCCGGUAGCUUUGCUCCGUCGCUGUGGCGUGCGCACAUCUAUCAUCGGUUUUCCCGACGUCCGACGUCGUAGCACGCGAUUAGCAUAAUGUCGAGCGGAAGCAGCGGCGCGAAAUCGGCUUCCGUCGGCGGCGAGGGUGUGAAGCCCGGCGUGGGCUCGGCGUUCGUACCGGUCAUGCCGUCCAGCGGAUCGUUUUACGGGCAUCCGUCGAUCGCGUCAAUCCCGACCCCGUCGUCGGCCGACUUCUUCGCCGCUUCCAUGAUGGCCGACAAACACAAGGCACUCCAACACCACCAUCUGUCGCUCCAGCAACAGCAGCGACAGCAACAGCGGUCGCCAGGCAUGUACGUGCCCAAACACAAAACGCAGCAACAGCAGCAGCAGCAACAACAACAGCAACAGUCUUCGUCGUCGACGAACGCUGCCGCUGCUGCCGCGGCCGCUGCCGUGUCGCUGCUCCACCAGCAACAGCAGAACGAGCUGAUGGCCAUGGCACUGGACAAGAACAAGGUGUUACAAGCAGUCAUGCAUCAGCGUGGCUACCCGCAUCCGUUCUUGUUGAACCCUGGCGGUCAGUACGGAGGCCAACCGCCACCCUCAUUAUUCGGCGGACCGACUUCGGGCGCCGGUCCAGCCGCGUACGGCUCAACGGCUGCCCGGCCACGAGUCUCUGCUGUUGGCGCUGGUGCUGGCAUCGGCCGUGCUUCCCGUCCUAAAAAGCAAUUUAUUUGCCGGUUUUGCAACCGACAGUUUACCAAAAGCUACAACCUGUUGAUACACGAGCGGACGCAUACGGACGAGAGACCGUACUCCUGUGACAUUUGUAAAAAAGCGUUCCGGAGACAAGACCACCUGCGCGAUCACAAGUACAUUCAUUCCAAGGAGAAGCCGUUCAAGUGCACGGAAUGCGGCAAGGGAUUCUGUCAGUCGCGCACGCUGGCCGUGCACAAGAUACUGCACCUGGAGGAGUCGCCACACAAGUGCCCGGUGUGCAAGCGCAGCUUCAACCAGCGCAGCAACCUCAAGACGCACUUGCUCACGCACACGGACCACAAGCCGUACGAAUGUUACUCGUGCAACAAGGUGUUCCGGCGGAACUGCGACCUGCGCCGGCACACGCUCACGCACGCGGUCGGCGAUGCGCCCGCGGGCACAGCGGGCGGACCGAUGGGCGGCGGCGCGUCGUCGUCGUCCGCGUCCCCGUCGGCCAGCGGCGGUGCUGUUCCGCGGUCGGCGGACGGCGACGACGAUUGCGAGGACGACGACGACGACGACGACGACGAACUGUGCUCAAUGCUGCGGGCACCGCCCGGCCUUAGCCGUCGACAAACAGGCGACGAGGACGACGACGUGGACGAUGACGAAGACGAAGAGGUGGACGUGGACGAAGAGGACGUGGCGGCUGCCGCAGCCGCCUCCGCCGCCGUCGCUAGCACUUCGUCCGACUCCGCGACCGCCGUUUCCGGUGGAUCGUCUUCGUUGUCCAGCUCCGUCACGGCCUCCGUGAAACAAGAACAACCUUCGACUUCGUCAUCGUCCGCCGCCACGGCAACCACUACAGCCGCAGCCGCCGCCGCCGUAGAAGAAGACGACGAGGAAGACACCGGACAAAUAUCGCUGUUCCGACGGGCAGCCGUCCCGCGCGCCGCGGUACACGAAACCAAGUGCCACGACGAGUCAUCCGCGUACACAAUGCGCCCGUCGUCCAAUCACCAUCGCCAACACCAUCUCUUUAACCUCCACCAUCAGCAACAACAGUCACAACAUCAGUUGUUCCUCCAACCACCUCACCACCCACACCAUCAUAGGCAGCAUCAGCAGCAACAGCAUCACUCGAUAUUGAACGUCAGAAGGGAUUUAUACCAUGACCGUUCGACGAGGAUGAUGGUGCCUCCACCACCACCGCCACCACCGACCGCGUACCAACCGUUACAGUUUCAGCCAACGACCGCCGCGCCAGUUGCACCGGUCGUGGCCGGGCCACCGCCGCAACCACCGCCCAACCAAAACAACGGACAGCCACCGCCGCCCAAGCGCAAAGGAUUCAGCAUCGACGAACUGAUGAGUUAACACGAGACCGUUCAUCCGUCGAUUGCCGAUCGAGGAGAAAAUAAAAAGUUGAAAACGUCAUCUUCACUUCGGGUGAUAACUGACAUUUUAGUAGCCUGUAACCUAUAGAUAUUAAUUGUGUAUGAUCAAUAUAGUAUUAUUAAAUUUCGUAGUACCAGUCAGGCAUUUAAACGUCCAAUGCUAGGGAUCAGAUCUCGAAGGCUCGUGACAGCACAUUUGUAUUAUAUAAAAACCAAACCAAUCAAGCCUUAUUCUAAUGGUUUUAUUUUUAUUUGAUUUUCUAAUGUAAUUUAUAUAUAAAAAAUAUUUAAUUAGACAU